AUGCUUCUGGUACACGAUCCAAACAGCAAGAUUCUCGUAGUCGACUCUUUCAACUCUGAAGCUAGGCAGAGUGACGAAAUCAGGGCACAACUGGGAGCUGAGGACAUUAAUGUGACUUUCGAGGACGCAAACCAGAUUUCUCAAUCGUCACUCUCCUCUCCAACAUACAACGUCGUAUAUGCGAACCAGUACAAUACACCAGUGCAUCCUCAUUCCAGUACAACUUUUCGGAAAUUGUCUUCGUCUCUACUACCAAAUGGCACUUUAUAUCUCAAGCAACCAGUUCUUCUCACUCCACAAAGUUUUCCAAAUGUACCAGUAUCUCGUAGCACGCAAGAUCUCGUGGGUGAAUUAAAACUUGCUGGGUUCGUGGAUCUUGAAGUUCGAGAUGCUGUCAAAGUAUCCAGAGAAGAUAUCGCUAAAAUGAUAGAAGCUUGGCAGGUGAAAGAACCGAAUCAGAAAGAGGACAUAUUGCGUGCAUUAGAUGGCCAGUUACAUAUAGUCGAGAUCAUUGCUAAGAAACCUGCCUAUGAAACAGGUGCCUCAGUUGCGUUGAAGUUGGGUAGUAAGAAUGGAAUUAGCGGAGGAGACAAGAAAUCUAUUUGGACUUUGUCUACUGAAAAUGACGAGUUAGAAGAUGAAGAUGAACUACUGGAUGAAAACGAUUUAAUUAAACCAGACAAGAAUACAUUAGUUCGGCCUGAUUGUGAGACUAGUGGAAAGCGAAAAGCAUGUAAAAACUGUUCGUGCGGACUGGCCGAGCAAUUGGAGGCUGAAGCCAAAGCACAGGCCGUAAUACCUCCGGCGUCAUCUUGUGGCAAUUGUAGUCUGGGAGACGCAUUCCGAUGUGCAACAUGUCCUUAUCUUGGUAUGCCAGCUUUCGAACCCGGUGAGCAGGUUGUUCUUGGCGGCAACAUGCUGAGCGAUGACAUUGACAUUUAG